CGGCUCUGCAGCUUCACCAUGGGUGGCAGCCGGCAGUUUUUCGUGCUGCUCUUCGCGGCUUCCCUGCAUCUCUACAACUGCAGCUGGUUCAAGCGUCGCUGUGAUUAUGAAUUGGUUGGGCCUCUCUAUGUUUGGAACCUCGGUGCAUCCUCUCAGUCCAGCAUCUUCCGUGCUGCUACAUUUGGUCGGAUUUAUGGUGCUGGUGGUUGGUCGCCAGAUCCUCAAGACAAGCAUCCAUGGCUCCAGAUUGAUUUGACAAGGAAAGCACACAUAAAAACCAUUGCUACUCAAGGGACCUUCAAUACCUACAAUUGGGUGACACGCUACAUUGUCCUCUAUGGUGAUCAUCCCAGUAAUUGGAAGCCUUAUUUUCAACAGGGGAGCAACUGGACAUUUUUUGGCAAUGUAAAUUCUAGUGGCGUGGUCAGUCAUGACCUACAUUACCCCAUUUUGGCUCGCUAUCUCCGGAUCAUCCCUGUGGCUUGGAACCCGCAGGGCACUAUUGGCUUACGAGUUGGCCUUUAUGGAUGCUACUAUGAUUCUGAAAUCUUAUAUUUUGAUGGAGAUGAUGCCAUUUCUUACCAGUUUCGCAGCAAAAAAGUUCGUUCCACUGAAGACAUCAUUGGGUUCAACUUCAAAACAAUGGAGCGUGAGGGCAUCUUAAUGUAUGCGGCAGGAUCUCAGGGAGAUUACAUCAGUGUGGAACUUCAGCAAGCCCAGUUGGUUCUAAGCAUAAGUCUUGGUAACAGCUCAUUAAAUAUGAGCGGAGGGGAGACAACAAUGAAGCUGGGGAGCCUCUUGGAUGACCAACAUUGGCACCAAUUUCGCCUCGAUCGCUAUAGAAAAUAUGUCAACUUCAGCUUGGAUGGGGAGAUUCUGCAAUUCCGCCUCAAUGGGGAAUUUGAGCAGCUUGACUUAGACACAGAGAUCUUUUUUGGAGGAGUGAGAAACUACGAGAAACAGCGUCUUGUCUAUAGGCCAAACUUUCGUGGCUGUAUGGAAAACAUUGCCUACAACCUGGUUUAUAUUACUAAUUUAGUAAGACGUCGGCAUCCCACCAUCCGGGUUGAGGGUCAUGUGGGCUAUUUCUGUCGAGACAACCUCUUGUUCCCUUUUACCUUUGCUGGGGUCAACAACUUCUUGCAGGUCCCUGGAUAUCCUCGGCGCAAUAUGUUGGCAGUCAGCUUCAGUUUCCGCACAUGGGAUGUUGUAGGGCUGCUUAUGUACACUUCCUUUGCUGAUGACCUAGGAUGGCUUGAGAUGGUCCUGAGUGAUGGACAAGUCAAUGUCACAAUUGCUCAGCCAAAAACCAAAACCAAAACCAAGAAGCUGGAAUUUGCAGCAGGAUAUCGUCUUAAUGAUGGAUUCUGGCACUCAGUGUCCUUGAUAGUACGAGAAUCCUCGGCUGUUAUCACUAUCGAUGACCAGAAUGAUGCCAGCUUCCGUGUUGACCGAGACAUUCAGUUGCGUACUGGGAACCAGUACUUUUUUGGAGGGUGCCCCAAACCAGCACUACGAACUGGCUGCCUGUCCAAUCAGACAGCUUUUCAUGGCUGUAUGCAGAUGGUCAGUGUGGAUCGCCAGCCGAUAGAGUUGGACAUGGUUCGUCAGCAUCGGCUUGGCAAGUACUUUGAGGUGUACUUCAACGUGUGUGGCAUCACGGACAGGUGUACCCCCAACAUGUGUGAACAUGGCAGUAGAUGCAUCCAAUCCUGGGAUGACUUCACUUGUAUCUGUGACUUGACGGGUUACAUGGGGGAGACCUGCCAUACUCCUGUUUACAAGGAAAGCUGUGAAGCUUAUCGCAUCAGGGGAAAAGUAUCUGGGAACUACACCAUUGAUCCAGAUGGCAGCGGACCCCUCAAACCUUUUACUGUGUAUUGUGACAUGAGAGAGGACCGUGCAUGGACCAUUGUUCGUCACAAUCGUCAUUGGCUCACAAAAGUAGCAGGCUAUAGCCCAGAAAGGCCUUUCCUGGGCACAGUUGACUACUGGAAUGCCUCAUGGGGGGAAGUAUCAGCCCUGGCAAACGCCUCUGAGUACUGUGAGCAGCAAAUUGAAUUCCACUGUUAUUUCUCUCGCCUACUCAACACCCAGACUGGGAUGCCGUUAAGUUUCUGGAUGGGACGAAAUGAAGAACGUCAUUAUUACUGGGGAGGCUCUCCUCCAGGCCUUGGGCGCUGUGCAUGUGGCAUGGAGAAGAGUUGUGCCAAUCCCCUCUUCUAUUGCAACUGUGAUGCUGAACACUUGAUGUGGCGAGCAGAUAAAGGGCUGCUGAAUUUUGUUGACCAUCUUCCAGUCACACAGGUUGUAGUGAGCGAUACAAACCGUACUGGAUCAGAGGCUCAGUUCUAUGUGGGUCCAUUGCGUUGCUAUGGAGACCGAAACUCCUGGAAUACAGUAUCCUUCAUCAGGGGAACAGCUUUGCUUUUUCCUACCUUCAAGGUCAAUUACAGCCUGGAUAUCAGUUUCUUCUUCAAGACUUCUGCACCAACGGGCACUUUCCUAGAGAAUGUGGGCCCAAGGAACUAUAUCCGCAUGGAGCUCAACACUUCUCAAGACUUGGUCUUUGCUUAUAACAUUGGAAAUGGGGAUGAGAAUUUAACAGUGCAUUCAGAGAUGCCAUUCAAUGAUAAUGAGUGGCAUGAGGUGAAAGCAGAGAUCAAUGUCAAAGUUGCUCGGCUACAAGUUGACCGGUUUCCUUGGGUGACGCGGGCAGCUCCGUCCCAGAGUUUUAUCCAUCUAAACCUCACUAAACCUCUCUAUGUGGGAUCUGCUGAAUACAACUUGCAUCCAUUCUUGGGGUGUUUGCGAGGUUUGCACAUGAAUGGGGAGACCCUAAACUUGGAGGGGAAAGCCAAUGAAACAGAAGGGGUUCUGGUAAAUUGCACUGGGCAUUGCCGAAACCCCUUGGUACCAUGCCAGAAUCAUGGCCUCUGCUGGGAGCACUACAGCCAUUACACAUGCAACUGCACAGUCUCUGCAUUUGAAGGACCUUUCUGCAAUCAUGACAUUGGUGCCUAUUUUGAACAAGGCAUGUGGGUGCGCUACAAUAUCCUAACAACACCCAUGUCUGUGGUACAGGAGUUUGCCAACAUACUCCAUCAACCAAUUCAGCCGCUCCCUGGCUACAAUGUGACAGGGGAGGAAGUGGGGCUCAACUUCCGUACCACUUCAGCCCCUGCAGUCCUUCUCUACGUCAGCACUUUUGUUCGUGACUUCAUGGCCAUUUUGAUCCGUGAGGAUGGUACCCUGCAGCUACGUUAUCAACUGGGGAUCUUCCCUUUCAGCUUGACCCUGAGCACACGCUCAGUGGCUGAUGGGCAGCCACAUAGAAUCAACAUUACUCGUGUCAAUCGGACUUUGUACACACAGUUGGAUUAUUAUCCUCUCAUGAUAAGUCAGUUCUCUGUUUUUGUGGACAGCAAACUUGAUUCUCCAAAGGCACUCUAUCUUGGCCGUUUUAUGGAGACAGGAGUGAUUGAUCCUGAAAUCCAGAAAUACAAUACGCCGGGUUUUUCAGGUUGCAUCUCAGGGGUGAAAUUCAACAGCAUUGUGCCCCUGAAAACCAUAUUUCGCUCUAGUGGCAACAGUCUCAUCACUCCUUACACCAUCAAUGGAAAGCUGGUAGAAUCCAACUGCGCCUCUAUGCCUUCCACCUACAUUAAGGUGCCUCCUGAGCUCGACCCAUGGUACAUAGAUCCAGUGGACUUCUUGUACAUCCAUGACGACGGCUGGGUUGCAGUUAUUAUUGGAGUUAUCUUUUUCCUGCUUCUGCUGUUGGCAGCAGCCCUUCUCUUGAUGUACCUUCACCAUCACCGUUACAAGGGCUCCUACCACACCAAUGAGCCAAAGGCUAUCCAGGACUACAACAGUGGUGGAAGUAGUAGUGGUGGGGGGAGUACCAGGGGCAGUGGCAGUGCUGAAUCUGCCACUCUCCCUGCAGCUAAGCCUGUUGCAUCUCGGAAAGAUCAAAACUUGCCACAGAUCCUGGAAGAGUCCAAAACAGAAUAGCCAACUGGAGCCUAAGGGAUUCAUCUUCUACUCGUUGGUGCUGGCUGCAGCCUCUUGGCAAGACCAAACCCAAACUGCCAAUCGUGCCACUUGCUGGGAGACUGAUUUCUGCCUCCACCCUUCACGGCGUGAUGAACUGCCUGGUGCUUCGCCUUGUUCAACUUGCACAUCCUGUGGUGUUUCUGUAUUUCCCAGUUGGACAUAGUCCUUACUGGCAAGUCUCUAAUCAAAGAUAUUUCUGCCUCCCUCCAUUUCAUUCAGAAUUGUAUUUAGUUAUCUGUUUAUUCAUUCAUUUAUGGGACUUCCAUAAUGCCUCAGUUGAUUCCAACUGGAUAUGUUUUGUAUCUUUUGAAAAGUUUUAAUUGGUGCCUGGGUAGCUGCCAAAACGAUACCUAUUUUUCCUCAAGUAGUAACCCUUCCCCUACCUCUGGGCCCAUUUUUUUUUUCAUAUCCCCUUUCUCCAUUUUGGUCCUGCAGUUUCUUCUUACAAUGGGAUGGGAAGGCAAAGGUGACUGGUAGCAUACCGUUUCCUGCAGUUUCAACUCCAGUUUGUUAGAGCAACUUAUAGCUAUACUCCAGGGCUCCUUCCACAAUUCGAAGAGAGACAUGACUGUCAAUAUACACUUCUUUUGGGAAAAUGCAAUGCAAAAUUCAUGCUGGCCUUCUCAUAUGCGAUGCGCUAGCACAUAGUCUUCCUGCUUAAUUGCUUAGCAUAAAAAAAAGCCAUUAGUCAAGCCAUGUAAUGUAGCAUAUCUAGAGCCUGGCACAUUAUAUUGUGCCCUGAAAGAAAACAAUGUGCAAUAUAGGUAUAUUUGCCUGCUGAUAUAUAUAAAAAUGCGUAUGUAUGUAUAGCAAUAGCGCAUGAAAAAAGAAUCACUUGCACUUUGCUACCACUUGCUGCUUCAUAAAUCAGGGGUUUUGAGAAUUUAAAAUUCUUUCUACAUUUUGUUUGUGUUUUAGUUGUGAGCUAUUAGAAGGACUAAUUUUUUAAUGGUAUUGUUUGUAUAAAACACAAAAUCCUGAUCUGUUAAAAGUGAAGUGAUAGUCUGUGCUCUGUAGUCUGUUGUAUGGUGGGGGCGGGAUAUUAUUACCAAUAACAUCCAGCCCUCUUCUUUCCCUAAGUUUACUUGUGGAUUAUAAGAAGAUUCUAUAACAAUGGCCAAAUGUAUUUAUUUUAUUCAAAAGCCUGGGCAUCUUCCUGGGCAGUUUAUUUUUUCUAAAGAGUUGUUUGGGAGAAAAGUAAAGACUAACUUGUAAAAAUAAAGGAAAAAAGCAGGGUGAUAAAUUAUCUGGAUAAUUUAUCCAUAUAUAUAUGGAUGUGGGUUGGGGAGGGAAAAAUGCAUUUUGAAUGGUUAUGGCUAGAAUUCGUUUUUCUCCAAGCAACAUAUGUAUUUUAAUAGACUUACCAACAAAAAUAACAGCAAUCAUAUUUCAUACUAACAGUAAUUAUUACUACCGUAGUAUACUGCAACCUUUGUGUGUGUUCAAGUUAACUUGCACAUAGUCCUUCCUGAGUAUCUUCCCAACACUAGAGUUAGACUGAGAGUAACUGGUCUAAAACUAACUUUGCUUAAGUGAGGACAUGAACUAACAUCUCCCAAGCUUGUGGUAACCCUGUUUCACUUUUCUGGUUGUUCAUAAUUA